UCCAUCAAGAUGGCAAUGAUGAAGUAUCUUCUCGUUUUCUUAGCUCUUUCUUGGACUACAGUAAACGCUGCCAGUCUAACAUGUGACGUGUACCCAUGUGAUGGAUCCUGUGAUAUGGGCGUGGCACCUUGCAAUGGACUGAUAUUCCAAGAAGAGUUCAACUCAUUCAACUUUGACAUCUGGGAACAUGAGAUAACCGCCGGAGGAGGAGGGAACUGGGAGUUCCAAUACUACACCAACAAUCGUUCUAAUAGCUAUGUGAAGGACGGCAGUCUUUACAUAAAACCGACGCUGACAUCAGACCAUUAUGGUGAACAGUUUUUAUCAUCGGGAACGCUCGACCUAUGGGGUGCAUCACCUGCCAACUUGUGUACUGGCAACGCGUGGUGGGGGUGUAGUCGCACUGGGACCUCAGCAAAUAUCCUCAACCCAAUACAAUCAGCUAGGAUCAGAACUGUCGAGUCAUUCACAUUUAAGUAUGGACGGAUAGAGGUGGAGGCUAAGAUGCCGACAGGAGACUGGAUCUGGCCGGCCAUCUGGCUCCUUCCCAAGAACAGUGGGUAUGGCGAGUGGCCUGCCUCUGGUGAAAUCGACCUCGUAGAAUGCAGAGGCAACACGGAUCUGAAGGACUCUAAUGGUGUUUCUGUUGGUGUGGAUCAGAUGGGAUCAACCAUGCAUUGGGGUCCUUUGUGGAAUUACAAUGCCUACGAAAAGACACACAACACCAAAAAUCUGGACGGGCAGACCUUUGGCUCUGGCUUCCAUAAGUAUGAACUUGACUGGACCUCAGAUAACAUGAAAUUCUAUGUUGAUGGAGAACUUCUUCUGACAGCAGACCCAGGCGCAGACGGCUUCUGGGACUAUGGAGAGUUUGCGUCGAAGGCUCCAGGUGUCCAAAACCCAUGGGAAAACUCACCCAACAAACUGGCUCCAUUUGAUAGAGAGUUCUACUUGAUCCUGAACGUUGCUGUGGGCGGCACCAACUACUUCUCGGACGGCUUCACGAACACUCCCUCGAAGCCCUGGUUGAACACCUCGCCGACGGCGUCGACGGACUUUUGGAAUGCUCACAGCGACUGGCUACCGACCUGGAACCAGGGGGUCAACAAUGGCGAGGACGCAGCUCUUCAGGUCAACUACAUCCGGGUAUAUGCGUAUCCUGACCAGACGACCUAUCACCUCAGAGACCGAUAACCUAAUUACUGUACCCCAGGAAAUAAUGAUAGCCUAAUACUAACCAAUGGUGAUGAUGAUAAUGGGAAUGGUGAUGAUAACAAUCACAACAAAAAUAGUAAUGAUAAUAAUAAUGAUAAUAAAAAAAAUAUUAUGAUGAUGAUGAUGAAUGAUGAUAACCAUAAAAAUUAUGAUGAUAAUAAUAUUGAUAAUGAUAAUCAUCAUCAUUCUUAUCCUCCUCAUCCUCAUCAAUUAUCAAGAAAUGGGA